AGAGAAUUAAAUAUGGGUGAUGUUGAGAAAGGCAAGAAGAUUUUUAUUACGAAGUGUUCCCAGUGCCACACUGUUGAAAAGGGAGGCAAGCACAAGACUGGGCCAAACCUCCAUGGUCUCUUUGGGUGGAAGACAGGUCAGGCCCCUGGAUACUCUUACACAGCCGCCAAUAAGAACAAAGGCAUCAUCUGGGGAGAGGAUACACUGAUGGAGUAUUUGGAGAAUCCCAAGAAGUACAUCCCUGGAACAAAAAUGAUCUUUGUCAGCAUUAAGAAGAAGGAAGAGGCUGGGUAA